GCACCAUGCUCUCGUUUACAUUGACCCAGUACGUCUCUCCUCUUCAACUUCUGGGGGUUCUCCUCUCUGAAAAAUACCUAAUUCUUUCCGUCCAGAUCUGCACUUUUUUCCUUGAGGAAUUUCCCUCAGAGAAACAAAAUCUGAGAGAAAAAUGAGGAUGAGAGUGGUGGUGGCAGUAGCGGGGCUCUCUGACGACAAAGCCAAGCGAAGGGCCAUGAGUACAGCCUAUAGCCUCCCAGGGGUUGAAUCAAUUGUUGUGGAUGUGAAGGACCAAAACAGAUUGACAGUGACUGGGGUCUCCGGCUCCCUAGAUCCAGUGAAACUAACGAUUGCAUUGAGAAAGUCGUGCGGCUUCGCAGAACUUGCCUCAGUAGGUCCAGCAGAAGAACCAGAGUCCAAGAAAGCAGCAGCAGAUGAGAAGAAGAAAGAUUCAAAGAUGAUGUUUUGAAGCGCAAUCAGAUGGCCUCUUGUUACCAACAUCCUCUCCCCAUUCUGGCCUACCAUCAACGCCCUCCUCCUAACAUGCAUCAGCCAAAACCAUCAUAGAAGUGCCGAAGAAUACCCAAUUCUUGUGUUAUUUGCUAUGAAGCACAUGCACGGAUGACAAGGCAAAAUCUAAAAAAGUAGGAUACAGAUGCGGAUGCGUCAAGGAUACAAUCUUGUAAAUUAUGCAUUUAAUUUAUAAUUAUUAAUCUUCUGCUAGGCAUAAAAAUGAAGGCAUAUGAAAUAAAGGAGUGGUUGAAUUAUCAA